AAGUAAUUGCAUUGCUGUGAAUCUGUGCAGAUGAAUAAGUGUCAGUCUUUUUGGUGGUGACACUGCUCAUGUCGGUUGUCGGUGGACUCAUCAUCAGCAGCAUUUAAUUAUUUGGAUAACAAUUAGCAUUUCUUGGCAUCUAGAAUUCCACGGCUACAGCGGCAUUGCUCCAUUAGUCCCAGGUAAUGAACCAAUAUUGAAAAGUGCAAAGGUUUUGAAAGGACGAGACGACUAGGGCAACGCUUGGAAAAGAGCUUUAGUUCAGUGAAACUAUAAAAUUUGAUUGACGAGAUUUGGCAAAAUUAUGGCUGCGGAUCCUACCCUUGGUGCUACUCCUACCUGGACUGACACUAACAGUGCUAGUGACGACUAUGAUUCAGGAGCUCCUAAUGCUUUCACCAAAUUUACCAGAUCGAUUGGAGUCAAAUACCAGCUCUUACUGGACAAGUGGACCCCUCAUGCUAGAUCCAGAUGGAUCUUUGCAGUCUCGCUAAUCAUAUUGUUUAUGCUUAGGAUUAUCUUUGCUCAGGGAUGGUAUAUCAUUACUUACGCACUAGGAAUCUAUCAUUUGAACCUGUUCAUCGCCUUCUUGACACCCAAGAUCGAUCCUGCUUUGGACUAUGAAGACGAUGGCUUAGAUCUUCCAACAAGGUCGACCCAAGAAUUCCGCCCGUUCAUUCGUCGGCUACCAGAGUUUAAAUUCUGGUUAGGGAUGGUCAAGUCAACUUUGAUUGGGUUGUUUUGCACCAUUUUUGACUGCUUCAAUGUCCCUGUGUUUUGGCCAAUUCUGGUCAUGUACUUCAUAACGCUGUUUUGUAUAACAAUGAAACGACAAAUCAAGCACAUGAUCAAGUACAAGUAUAUUCCGUUCACUCAUGGAAAACCAAAGUAUCAACAUCCUCCACCUACGACAUCCUAAGUUUUGUAGGGUUAAGCUGUCAAAUAGAAUAUAUAACUUUUAUUUAUACUAUUGCAUACGAAUCGAUAUGAAAUAUAUAGGAUAUUACUGUAUAAUGAUAUGUAACCAUUGCUCGUUAAUGUAGUUUAAUAAAUAAUAAGUAUUCACACCCAUUUCGGUGGUGAUGUGCACCGUUAUUAUUAUGAUAGAUUUCAGUCAAGUUCUUAAAUGCUUUAAUAAAAAUUUCGUAAAUCA